GGCUACUAAAAAAAGGAGCUGCCGUUUGUGUUCGCUUCUUGCAGUUGCGUUUUUCACACAACAGACCCAGGCGGACAACUCGCAACCGAGAACUCACAAAUCGGUUCACCGAUCCGGCCCAGUGUGUGGUAUAUUUCGCAGUUCAACGCAGUAGAAGAGGUGUGUUUUGUAGUGCACGUUUGAAAAAAAGAUCUAUACCCGUGAAGCAGAAUGUCGAGCCAACCGGUACAACGGUUUAUUCAAUUCGGAGCCCACAAAGGCAAGGGCAUCGCCGUCUUCACUAGCGGUGGUGACUCUCAGGGCAUGAAUGCAGCCGUCCGUGCCGUGGUGCGCAUGGGAAUUUAUGUUGGAUGCAAGGUUUACUUCAUCCGCGAAGGUUACCAGGGCAUGGUGGACGGUGAGGAAAAUAUCGUCGAGGCCAACUGGUCGUCGGUGUCGAGCAUUAUCCACCGGGGUGGCACCGUAAUCGGUUCGGCCCGCUGCAAGGACUUCCGCGAACGUGCCGGUCGUCUACAGGCCGCCUACAAUCUCAUUUCCCGCGGCAUCACCAACCUGGUCGUGAUCGGUGGCGAUGGUUCGCUCACCGGUGCCAACCUGUUCCGGCAGGAGUGGGGCAGCCUGCUGGACGAGCUGCUGGCCAGCAAUCGGAUCACGCAGGACCAGCGCAUCAAGUAUAAGAGCCUGCACAUCGCCGGUAUGGUCGGAUCGAUCGACAAUGAUUUCUGCGGUACCGACAUGACGAUCGGUACGGAUUCGGCACUGCAUCGCAUUAUCGAAGCGAUUGAUGCGAUCGUCAGCACGGCUUACUCCCAUCAACGUACCUUCAUCAUGGAGGUUAUGGGACGUCACUGUGGCUAUCUGGCGGUAGUGGCCGGUCUGUGCGUCGAGGCCGACUACAUUUUCAUUCCCGAAGAUCCACCGAAACCCGAUUGGCCGGAACGUCUCUGCAAACAAUUGACACAGGAGCGUUCUGCUGGGCAGCGUUUGAACAUCAUCAUCGUGUCGGAGGGCGCAAUCGAUCGGGACGGCAAUCCGAUUACGGCGGAGAAGGUGAAGCAGGUGGUCGUUGAUCGACUGCAGCAAGACACGCGCAUUACCGUGCUGGGUCAUGUGCAGCGUGGUGGCAAUCCGAGUGCGUUCGAUCGUGUGCUGGGUUGCCGGAUGGGUGCGGAAGCGGUACUGGCACUGAUGGAAGCGGACGACAAGACGGAACCGUGCGUUGUAUCGCUGGACGGUAACCAGGCCGUGCGUGUCCCACUGAUGGAAUGCGUCGAGCGUACGAAGGCGGUGGCGAAAGCAAUGGAGGAUAAGAACUGGGAGCUGGCAGUGCAACUGCGUGGUCGUUCGUUCGCACGCAACCUCGAGACAUACAAGAUGCUGACGCGCCUGAAGCCACCGAAGAGUGCUUUCGAUGAGCAGGGCCGUGGUGUGGGUGGCUAUACGAUGGCGGUAAUGCAUAUCGGUGCACCGGCCUGUGGCAUGAAUGCGGCGGUACGCUCGUUUGUCCGCAACUGCAUCUACCGUGGCGAUACGGUGAUGGGCAUUCACGAUGGCAUUGAGGGUCUGGUGGCGGGUCACAUCAAGAAGAUGGAAUGGUCCGAUGUGACUGGAUGGGUGGGACAGGGUGGUGCCUUCCUCGGCACGAAGCGCACUCUGCCGGAGGGCCAGUUUAAGGAGAUUGCCGCACGGCUCAAGGAGUUUGGCAUCCAGGCACUGCUAAUCGUGGGCGGGUUCGAGGCGUACCAUGCUGCCGGCCAAAUUACGGAUCAGCGCUCAAAGUACAAGGAGUUCUGCAUCCCGAUCGUCGUCAUUCCGUCCACCAUCUCGAACAACAUGCCCGGCACAGAGUUUUCGCUCGGUGCCGACACCGGGCUGAACGAGAUCACGGAGAUCUGCGAUCGCAUCCGCCAGUCGGCGCAAGGUACGAAGCGGCGCGUGUUUGUCAUCGAGACGAUGGGUGGAUACUGCGGAUAUUUGGCCACGUUGGCAGGAUUGGCCGGUGGUGCCGAUGCGGCCUACAUCUACGAGGAGAAAUUUACGAUCAAGGAUCUGCAGCAAGACGUGUAUCAUAUGGCAUCGAAGAUGAGCGACGGUGUCCAGCGUGGUCUCAUUCUGCGCAAUGAAAAAGCGUCCGAAAACUACAACACCGAGUUCAUCCAUCGGUUGUACUCAGAGGAAGGCAAGGGUUUGUUCUCCACGCGCAUGAACGUUCUCGGCCACAUGCAGCAGGGUGGUUCGCCGACUCCCUUCGAUCGUAAUAUGGGCACCAAGAUGGCGGCCAAGUGCGUUGAGUGGCUGGUGGAGCAGCUCAAAGCCAAUACGCAGCCGGACGGUUCGAUUAACGCCACGUCCGCUGAAACGGCCUGUCUGCUUGGGCUCGUGCGUCGUCAGUACAAAUUUACCCCACUGAAGGAGCUGAUCGGUGAAACAAACUUUUUGCAGCGCAUCCCGAAGCACCAAUGGUGGCUGAAGUUGCGUCCGCUUCUAAGAAUUCUGGCGAAACACGACUCCACCUAUGAGGAGGAAGGCAUGUACAUCACGGUCGAGGAAGAAAUGUCGACCGAUUCACCGUGCGCCUAAGUGAAAACCCAGGAACUUCUCCGGAAAUUCCCCAAAGAUCCUUUUUCCUCCCACACCCUCCCCCAAAAGAAGGAAAACAUUACCUCUGCAGGUUCUGCUCGAGCCAUUUGGAACAUCCGACGAGUAGUCGAACAAUCUUUCGUUGUGCUUUCGGAAGCUUUAAAAUUAGUUGUUACAAUCGAGUUCGUAACAAAUGAGCGAAACAUGGGGCCAUAUUGCGGGAAUAUGUCCCGGUCCUUCUUUUUUGUGAACCGGUUUGUUUAAGUACUAUUUAUCAUUUAUCUUGUUAUUCGUUUUUGUUUCGUGCUUCCAUCUUUCAUGUGUUGUUUUCGUUCCUGUGCUAGUGAAAAGUAUUAUUACAAAAUGGUUUUCAACACCGCAGUAUAGAAGAUUGUAAAAGUCACUGUUUGAAAGACUAUCUGAUACCAAAAAACCGGCCAGUGAAAAUAUCCGGCAAUAGUGCAUUAUUGUUCUGUGGAUAUGUGCAGUGCAGAUCAUCUCUCCCCUUUCGCUCAACUCAAAGUAAAUCGAGCGGUGAAGUGUGAUGAGGUGAUGGUAGUCUAGACAGAAGCUAGAUAAACUCGUAACCAAUAGUUCUGAUCACAAACAACAAACGCCCAAUGAUCCCCCACAUAAACCCGCCACACAAACACAGUUAAAAAGGCAAAAACCUAAUGUUAAUGUACUGCUAGCAACAGCGGUUUAUUAUGAGACGUACGUGUAUAAUUGAGAUAUAAUAAAAAGAUUUAUUGUUGUGAGAU